GCAACAUUCUAGGACCCUCAUCCACUCUCUCUCUCUACACACGGUGCAUGACAAAGGAGAACUAACUGUGCUUUUGACUGGAUGUUUUGAAGGAACAGUGCAUUUUCACUCAGAGAGCUGUAAGACAGAGCAUUGAAGGGAGAUUGUAUGGACGAACGCAAGAGCAAGGAUGUUUGCAGCAGGAUAGCUUGGUAAAUGGGGACCAUGGUUAUGUUGAAGAUCUCUGCUUUCCUCGUUGCCUAUGCCCUGGUCAUUUGCCAGAUGUACUGCUCACAAGCCGCCCCUGCCAGACCAGGCCUAGAGUCCAUGUCAGACCGGGUCACACUCACGGACUAUGAGGCACGGCGAUUACUCAAUGCCAUUGUCAAGGAGUUUGUGCAGAUGACGGCAGAGGAGCUGGAGCAGCAAGCCACUGAAGGAAACAGUAUGGACAGAACCCUAACCAAGCGCUGCUCCAACCUCAGCACCUGUGUGUUGGGAAAACUGUCUCAGGAGCUGCACAAGUUGCAGACGUUCCCUCGCACGAACGUGGGUGCAGGAACGCCGGGCAAGAAGCGCAGUGUGCCUGAGAGUGACAGCUAUGCAAGCUACGGCGAGACGUUUGACAGCAUCUAACUGCUCCUCUCCCCCAGACCUCCUAUUUUACCUGCAUCCACAUCUCCCAUUGAUUGUUUUUAGAAGUGCAUGUUGGUUUAACCUGCUUGAUUGGCUUGUAAAGAAUCUUAGCCUUUUCUUUGGUUUUCCACACCAUCCUAGUUUAAUUUUUACAGAGAAUUAUCGACACCCCAACAUUUAGACAUCCAAAUUUUUGUUGCGCCAGGUCCGAUAUCUGUCACUUUGUACUGUACAUGGAGUCAUUCAUGAUGAAUGAAAGCUAAGAGCGAUCACUUAUUUAAAUCUUCUAAUAAAUGAUCCACUCAUGCGACACCAUAUUUGUUGGUCAAUAAAUGUAUUUUUCUACCAGGAAAACUCCCAGCGCACCUUCUUUCUUGGAUUAAAUCACACUAGAAAAAAACAAAAACAAUAAAGCUUAAAAAGCUUUUAGUUGAUUACCAUCAAAUAGAGGCCAUUAUUUAGCCCUGAAGUUCUCUGCGUGCAUGCAGGUAAGAAAAAAAAACCUCUCUGGGUAAUACUUGGAUUAAACUGCAUUCUUAAAGUGUUUUUUUUUUUUUUUUUUUAACUUUGUUUAACCCCCCAAAUGAUGUGACAAGGUUUGGCAGUAUUACAAUAGUGUUCUUUUAGUACCUCCGUCUCAGUCCAAUGUCCACCCAUUAGGUGAGUGAAAUAGAGUUUUGUGAAAUUUGGCAGCUCAUAUUGGACUUUCUUGGCUAUAAGAAUUUAAUAACUGGGUGGGGAGGCCUGGAAUCCGAUAGUUUUAUCAAGCAGCCAAAAGCCCAUGUUUGGCCUAAUAAAUGUAUGAAAGAUAGAAUUUUAAGAUAUAUUUAGCAAGAACUGAUACAAUAAAACUGAGUUGUUGUUGCAUGACCAUUAGUCCGAACGACUUAGAACAGAGUAUAAAUGUGAAGGUGUCAGUAUGGUAUAGGACAAAAUCUAUGAGCAAACUUCCGAUACAGUUUUACCAAGUGUACAACACCAUUGUACUUCGCCUUACUCAUAACUCUAGCUUAAAUCAAUAGCUAAAAAACUACCCUGUACGGCCAACAGCAACAAACAUUGAACUACCUACUUAAUCAUCCCAUUGUUUUGCUCAGGAAUCCCUAAUUCUAAAAAUCAAUAUUAAGUGAUGCAUAGAUAUCAGAUAUGGACUUUGAUGUCCCUAAGCUAGUUUCCAUGUUGCAACCAAGAAAUUACUGCCACAUAAUCUAACCUGGUUCGUCCUAUCUAUGUUUUAACAAAACAAACGAAAGUAAAAACUAAAUAAAAUUGUAGUAAUCUCUUGAUAGACAAUUGAGAGGUUUUGCUUUUACUUUUGCCACAAAAAUAUAUGCAGUUUAACUGUAAAAUUGUUGUAAUAUGAAGUCUAUCUGGAAAAUAUUGGCAGCUCUUCAGUGUGUUUACCAGAUGUUUGUUGUUCUGAAGUAGCGUUACAGCACAGAAGCGAGCUUGCAACACAGCAACCUGCGUGACUCACCGCCUAGCAGACUUCCUCAGCCGAUCGGGUGGAAUGGGCAACAGCAACUUCGUCCCCACAAAUGUUGGUGCCAAGGCUUUCGGUAGGCGGAGGAGAAGU